AUGGAAACAGUCUGGGUCCGCAACACGGCGUCGUCGGUGGACGGCCGAGCGGGUGCGGGCGAGGCGGAGGCGCCGCCCGCACCCGACGCGGAGGCGCCAGCGCGCCGCCGACGACACCGCCCGCUCUACCGCCGCCUGUUCCACUAUUUCCGCACCGCGUGGACUGGCGUCAAGUUUGCUCUAGUGUGUCCUAAUAUAAACACGGCGUUUAAAAAUUAUAAACAAGCUCAAAGUGCUCAAGCAAGACCGCUACAUGUAGAAGGAAAAGAAAUUAACAAAAAUGUAGCUAAUACUGAUCACAAGUUGGACAGUGCCACCAAAUUAAAUUUAUUGAGUGAUAAUAUAUAUCGACCGACUUUAGAAAUAUUAAACGAAGUGAAAGUACACAAAUCGAAUUUGGUUAAAAGUAAAAAGUUAGAAAAGGGGAACAAAGGGAAGACUGCAAAGAAAAGAGUUAGAUUUGAAGAUACCGAAUUGGAACCUAAACAGAUUUCGUUCAGAGAGCGUCUUGUUCAGUUCUUUCAUUGCAUUUGGACGUGUACGAGGACGACGGUUAAAAUUGUUUUGAGUCUCACAGCGCGGUCCGAAAAUUCAGAGCUCGAGGAGUUGGGUGAGCAACUGCCUCGGUACCGCCCGGACUCGAUCGCAGCAUUGCGUCGAGCCACGCGCUUCACAGAACCGGAGCUGAAGAGAUUGUACCGAGGUUUCAAGGCAGAAUGUCCGACGGGCGUAGUGAAGGAAGAAACUUUCAAGCUCAUAUACUCGCAAUUUUUCCCACAAGGAGCCAACACUGCACAAUAUGCCCACUUUGUUUUUAAUACACUGGACCAAGAUCGAAGUGGGUUGUUAAGUUUUGAGGAGUUCGUAACUGGCCUGUCCAUUCUUUCAAGAGGAACAUUAGAAGAGAAAUUGCGAUGGACGUUCUCACUGUAUGAUAUAAAUGGCGAUGGAUAUAUCACGAAGGAAGAAAUGACUGAAAUUGUAAAUGCAAUUUACGACCUCAUGGGUAAAAUCGUAGAACCUAUGAUUGAUGACGAAGUUGUGCGAGAAAAAGUCGAGAGACUAUUCCAGAAAAUGGAUUUGAACCGCGACGGCGUGUUGACUAUGGACGAGUUCCUGGACUGCUGCCUGCGAGACGAAGACAUCACGCGCUCCAUGGGCGUGUUCGACAGCAACUUCUGACGCGCCGCGGUCGCGCGCCGGCACUAGCGCGCUCGCACACGCGCCUCGGCCGCGGUCGUGUAGCGUGGGAAGGGUACAGGCAAAAAAACAAGGAUUGUGAAUUUCAAAGACUUACUCUAAACUUACUCGUUGACAGCUAAUAAUUAUAAUACUAAUUUUUCUAUUUAAAAAGUAGGUAUAUAUUAAAAUAAUAGUAAUCAAUAAUUGUAUAAAUAUCAUUAUUACAUCCCUGGUGAAUUUAAAUAUUCUUGGUUGAUUAGUCGGUUAAAUUCAUUACGUGUUUUCUCUUUUCAGAGAACAGUAUCCUUAUUUGUUUUUGAAGAAAAUAAGUCAUCGAGAUUGAAAAUGCUAUAAUAACUAAUAGUGACGCCAUUAUUCAAACUAAAGAGACAUUGCCGGUUUCUUGCCUGUACCCUUCGUUUGUCAAAUACUACGAAUCUCUAAUGAAAUAGAGUCAAAAAUCUGCCCUUUGAUUAUAUAUCGAAGGAACGCGCUUUACUGGAAUUCAAUUUUUAAACUUUCGAAUUAUUACGAGAUAAUUAUAGAUAAAUGUUUCUAAAGGUGUGAAUCCGACGACAUUGCUGCUUGACUCGUUACAAUUAUUGUUACUUGUUAGACUUUGUAAAAGGAAGGGUUCGCCUUUAAUUACAUAAAAAAUAGUAAUAGUAGUCACGAGUAUGGAAAGAUAAAUGGGAAACAAUAAAAUCGAUAUUUUUAAUUAGCCUUAUAGAAAUAAAAGCAAAAUUCGAGCUCGGAGAACUGUAAAUCUUAAAAUUUUCUAUAUCGUAGUUUAACAUUAUAAAUGUCUUCUCCUAUAGAUAUCUAUUUUCACUAGAUCCCUAUUACAAAUUAAUUAAUAGAGAAAUCGAUGGAAAGAAUAUUAAUAUACUUAUGCCUGUCUAGUAUCUACAAGUACGUUUUCUAUCUCUUUCGUGUAAAUGUUGAAACAAUAAGAUUAGAGUGAAGGAAACUAUACUUUUAGUUCAAUAAUAUUUUAUACAAUUAAGUGUCCAUAAUGAAUGUGUAGGAAUGCCAUCAACUAAGUCAAUGGCUGUGUAAAUCGUAGAUAUGUCUGUAAUAAAUCGUGUAGAUAGA